AUGGCAGCCUCACANAAAGUCCUUAUCAUCCUCUCGGAUGCCGACCAUUUCGACAUGAAGAAAACUUCCGGCCCUGAUGCUGGCAAGGUAGUCUCACAACCCUCUGGUUUCUUCCUCAUGGAGCUCGCAAAACCUCUGUCCAAGCUGCUUGAAGUAGGCUACGAAGUCACCUUCGCCACCCCCGAAGGCAAAGAGCCAGUUCCCGACCCCAACAGCGAGUCUCUCCUCGCCUUUGCUGGAAACUUCUACGAGCGCCGCCGCGAGAACGAGUUGCUCGAGCGUAUGAAGAAGGAGAAUGGUUUCUCCUCGCCCAGAAAGUUCAGAGAUAUCAGCAAUGAUGAGCUUGAGGCUUUCCACGGAGUGCUUAUUCCUGGUGGCCAUGCACCUUUGACGGAUCUUGGUGAUAACAAGGAGUUGGGUCGCAUUCUUGAGCAUUUCCAUGGCAAGCAGAAGCCUACUGCCACUAUCUGCCAUGGACCUUAUGCUUUCCUCUCGACCAAGGCUUCAAGUGGCAAGUUCUUGUACGCUGGCUACAAGAUCACCAGCUGGUCUGACAUGGAAGAGUCUAUGAUGGAGACGAUGCUGGGUGCAGAGAUCCCCAAGGUGGAAAGUGCGCUGCGUGCGGAGGGUGCUGAAAUGGUCGAGGGUGUUGCUCAGAAGGUCGGCUAUAUCACUGUCGACCGCGAGGUUGUUAGCGGUGCAAACCCUAUGGCCGCCAAUGCCAUGGCAGACAAGUUCAUUGAGAUGAUGAAGGCCUAA